AUGGCCCCAGCCAGUGCGCCAGCAUCCAUCUCCACCAACUGGCCACUGAUUUCGCACAGACCUGCUCUUGUUCAAGUAAUUAUAAUUGCGUGUGUAGCCUUUACCAUUGCCCUGAUGUGUGGAAUCGCUAUUUCCUAUGUGAUAUAUCGGCUGGUCCAGGCUGAGGAAAGACAGCAGCUGGUGAGGCUUUAUAACAACGUCAGGAUACCAUUCCUGGCAGAUGGUGACGAUGGUGUCAACGACAACAAAGAGGCCUCGGAGGAUGGGAGCCUGGAUGAGUCCACCUUCCUACUUCCAGAGAAUGAGGAGGAGCUGGAAAAGUUCAUUCACUCAGUUAUUAGAUCCAAAAGAAGAAAGUAUAUGGUAAACAAGAGAUUGAAGAAAGAACAAGAUUUAUUAAUGGAAACAAAAAUAGGGAAUUCUAUGCACAGUAUAUUCUCAGAGGAUCUAUGA